AUGACAAAAGGGAUAGAUGAAAGUUUGACAGAUAGUUAUCUUAAAACAGAAUCUGACGAAACAGUUAACUAUCAGUAUGAUAAAGUACAUGAUACUUACGCGAAAUCUCCGGAAGAUGAUUUCAAUAAUUAUGCCAAUUACCUUAUGUCAAAUAAAGAUGUUGAAAAAAAGGAUAAACUUAAACAUUACAAAGAACCUGUAGAGCCUAUGAAUUUGACAAUAGAAGAAAAAUAUAUAAGUUUAAUGGAGUGUCAAAAUUUAUAUCAUGGCUUAGUUUUUGACAUGCAUGGAAUAAAUCUAGCAAGUCUUUCAGCAAGUAGCUUUAAAAAAAAGCAGCCUAAAGCCAACUUAUUAGUAUCUGUAAAUUUUCAAGCAAAGCUAUUGAUAUCUACAAAUAAAGAAACGUCUUUUUUAUUAAAAAAUCACAUUGAUCCGUCUACUAUUAGUCAAGAAGAUCGCAUUUGGUUAUCUGAUAUUUACAGAAUUUCCGAUUCAACAAAAUUUUACAAAUUGGACAAUAUUUUGAAUAAAUGGGAAUGUUAUAUAACACCACAUGAUUUUGAUGCAACUUAUUUAAUAUCAGUUGAUGGAGAAACAAUCAUGAGAAAUGAACUUGAUAUGUGGAUAGCUGGCUGGUUAAAAAAUAGUCUUGAUUCAUUGCAAGUUAUAAACUGGAAAGAACUUUAUCCAUUAUAUGAAAUAUUUGAUGAAUCUCUUCAAAAAAAAAUUAAAUCUAUACUUGGAAUUGAUGAUAUAGCGAAAACUUUCGGAGUCAAAGAGAAAGUACUUAUCACAGGGGUAAUCCCAAUAGAAGAAUGUGCUUAUCAGUAUCGCGUAAAAUUUCCCGUUAAUUUUAAGUCCAAUAACUAUCAAAUUUUUGGAAAACUUGUGAAAUCUGAUGGUGAGCCAAUUUCUGAAGCAGUUAUCAAGUUCAAAUCUACCAAUAAAUAUGGAUUUUCAGCAAAUAUUGAAAAUUUUGAAAUAACUGAAUUUAUGCGCUUGCAAAUAAAUUGGAUAUUGAUUGGAAUACCUGCAGAAGUUGGAUACUUCAGUACAAAUACACGAGACAUUGACAUAAUCGAUUUCGAUAGCAUUUUGAUUACACCAAUAACCAACGGCAACAAUUGGGUUAUAAUUUUAAAAACUCCAGAAGAUUUAUCAUCCGAUUCAAUUCUUUUUACUUCAGAAAUUAGAGUUAAUGUAUAUGAUCCUGGAUUUACUAAUAGAACUAACGAAGAGAAUUUUGGCAAUGAGAAUUUUGGUUCUAAACAGGAAUUAAUUCAAUGGUGUAUUCUUAUUCCUCCAGAAAAUCAAGAGUUCAUUAAAGCAGAUAUUGGCUCCAGCUUCUCAAUUAACUUAAGAACAAUGGGUCAAAACAUCAAUAAAUCUAAAUCUAUUAUCUAUGAUUAG